AUGGCUGACCCGAUAGCUGAAGACAAGGCCAUCUCCGGCCAACCCAAGAACACAGUAAUAGCAGACUUUGAUCCGCCACAGAAACCCAAGAGAAACAAAUUCGCCAUUGCCUGCUCCAUUUUGGCUUGCAUGACAUCAAUUUUACUGGGCUAUGAUAUUGGUGUGAUGAGUGGGGCGAACCUCUUCAUCCAAGAUGACCUCAAAAUCAACGACGUCCAGAUUCAAAUACUUACCGGCACAUUGAACAUCUACUCUCUCAUCGGCUCCGCCUUGGCCGGCAGAACCUCCGAUUGGAUCGGGCGCCGGUACACCGUCGUCCUCUCCGGAGCCAUCUUCUUCGUCGGAGCUAUCCUCAUGGGAGUCGCCCCGGGCUACGCCUUCCUUAUGUUCGGCCGGUUCGUUGCUGGAAUCGGUGUUGGCUACGGUCUCAUGAUCUCUCCGGUCUACACAGCCGAGAUCGCUCCGACUUUGUCCCGUGGCUUCCUCACAUCUUUCCCUGAGGUGUUCGUCAAUAUUGGCAUAUUAUUGGGGUACGUCUCCAACUACGCCUUCUCCAAGCUCCCAGCUCACCUCGCUUGGAGGUUCAUGCUCGGCAUCGGCGCCCUUCCCGCCAUUAUUCUCGCCGUCGGCGUCUUAGCCAUGCCAGAGUCGCCGCGUUGGCUUGUCAUGCAGGGCCGACUUGGGGACGCCAAGCGCGUCCUCAACAAAACCUCAGCCUCCAAGGAAGAGGCUCAGUUGAGGCUAGACGACAUCAAAGAAGCCGCAGGCAUCGCCAAAGACCUAGACGGCGACGUUGUUCCCGUCACGAAGAAAAGCCGUGGUGAAGGCGUAUGGAAAGACUUGAUCUUGCACCCAACGCCAGCCGUUCGCCAUAUUUUGAUCGCAGCCCUCGGCAUCCACUUCUUCGAACAAGCUUCGGGCAUAGACUCUGUCGUCCUGUACAGCCCCAGGAUCUUCGAGAAGGCGGGGAUCAAAUCUUACGACCACAAGCUCCUUGCAACCGUGGCCGUUGGAUUUGUCAAGACCAUUGCCAUCUUGGUGGCCACGUUUUUCCUUGAUCGGUUCGGGCGGCGCCGGUUGCUUUUGUCCAGCGUGGCUGGGAUGAUAUUUUCACUCGCGUGCCUCGGGGUGGGCCUCACGAUCAUCGAUCAUCACCGCGGCACGGUCCCGUGGGCCAUCGCAUUGUGCAUCACCAUGGUGUUAUUGAACGUUGCGUUCUUCUCGAUUGGGUUGGGGCCCAUAACAUGGGUUUAUAGCUCUGAGAUCUUCCCGCUGAAGCUACGCGCGCAAGGGGUUAGUAUGGGAGUGGCCGUCAACAGGAUAACAAGUGGCGUCAUAUCCAUGACUUUUCUCUCACUAUACAAGGCCAUUACGAUUGGUGGGUCCUUCUUUCUCUACGCGGGGAUUGCUGCGGUGAGUUGGGUCUUCUUUUAUAUGUUGCUCCCCGAAACCAGGGGAAGAACCCUUGAAGACAUAGAGGUGCUGUUUGGUAAAUAUCACAGGUGGAAAAAAGCGAAUGCCGUGCUCAAGCAGAGCAAGCAAGGCGAUGGUGACGAAAACAAAAGUCAAGUCAACUAG